CAAGUUUGUCAAACGCCGCGCGCAAAAUAUCCAAGACAAAGUCGUAAAAAAAGUACAACAAAAAUACAUAGCAAUUUAUACAUAGAGACCUAUGUACAUAUAUACAUACUCGUAUAUACCAUUUGUAAGAUAUACUCGUACUUACGUAUAAACGCAACAAACGCCGCCAGUGUUUUGUAUCAGUUUUGUGCCUUCGUCGUCACGCAGUUUGUUGUUGUUUUUAUCGUCGCGUUCUUUUUGUGCCUGUCACCGUUCCCUCUCUCGCCAACCCUGCCGCGUCUCUCUCAUGUCGUUCCGUUCUGUUCUGUGCUGUUCUCUUCUGCUCUUAUUGUUGCUGUUGUUGUGCUUUUCGCUGGAGCCGCCAACGAUCACUAAUCAAUGAAAUUUUGCCCUCUGGCACAGUGGAAAAUUUUGUAAAACAAGAAGAACCUCAACUAUAGCUUAUGUUACGCUCCCGGAGUAUUAAACAAUUAACAGGCAACAAAAAUUUCAACAAAAACUGAAUUUAAUCCAUCUACAAAAAAGAACAUUGGUUUGGAGAAUCGAGUCGACCAAGAACUGGAAACAGAGCCCGCUUUUCAGCUACACCGAAUGCCGAGAUUCUUGAAGCAUCCGCAGUGGCCGCGUUAUAUUCCACCCUUGUCGAUGCUAGUGCGCUGGUGUAGGCGCGUUCAGAUCAUCAAAUAAACGGAGAGUCAAGCAACGACUGUUUAUUGCAUUGCAUCAUAUAUAUUUAAAUUUUUUCAAAACGGAGCUCCAAUCACUGCAGCCAAGAUGAGUUUCAGCUCGGCCAGCGGCAGAGAUAAUAAUGUCCGCAAAUUAUCCUUCCUGGGCUUCAAUACCAAAAAGAAGUCUGGAAAUGAGGACCCCGAUGAAGUGCUGUUGGACUCGGAAAUGGAAAAGGUCUUUGCCGGCACAAAUAAGCGACAAGACAAAUUCGAUGUGAAAACUUUUCAGGAUAACACCCAAGAGCCGAUUGGCUCUCGCAAAAAGAAUAGCAUUCGCACAAAUGACCUCAACAUAGAGGAAGACUCGGAAUACGAAAGCCAAACCGAACCACUGAAUAAUGCACAAAACUAUGAUGAUAUACCCGAAGAUUUUCCAUUAGUUUCGGAACGCGCUGGUCACGGCGAUCAUUCCGAUAACUCAGCCGAUGAGAAACAUGUCCAAUUCGGUGAUGCCAAAAAGAAAGUUGUUGUCACACCUCCCAGCCUGAGCUAUGAUGAACAGCCCACAGAUCAAUCGCACGAACGUAAACGAAGAAAAAGUCGCCAUCAGUAUUAUAGACAACGUAAAUUCUCACAUCAAGACAGCGUGGAACCGAAAAAAGUACUCGAAGAGAAUGGUGAUGCCGGCGCACGAAGAAUUUCUGUGCAGCCCGAGGACGCGUCAUUGGAGACAAAUGGCCAAACGCCGGCUACACAGGAAGCCGAUCUCAAUGAGCUGAGAUCGCAUCGUUCGGAUGAUCCGCGCGCCAUGCGUCGUCACAAAAUUCAUCACUCAUCCAUCAAGUUGCGAGAAUUGCCCCAAAUUACAAUUUCAUCGUUGCAAUCCAAGAAGCCGGAAAUCGAUCGCAGUCCACAUGAGAUUUUUGUGCAACUCGAUGAACUCAUUGGCGUGGGCGAGGAGCGCGAAUGGAAGGAAACUGCCCGUUGGAUCAAAUAUGAGGAAGAUGUGGAGGAGGGAUCCGAUCGUUGGGGUAAACCGCAUGUUGCCUCUCUCUCAUUCCAUUCGCUGCUCAAUUUGCGUCGCUGCCUGGAAACGGGCGUUGUCCUGUUGGAUCUAAAUGAAAAGGAUUUGCCAGCGGUGGCCUAUCGUGUGGUGGAGCAGAUGGUGAUCGAAGAUCUGAUCAACAUAGAUGCCAAGCCAUCGGUUAUGCGUUCUCUGUUGCUGCGACAUCGUCAUGUCAACGAGCAUCAGAGCGUAUUGCCCUUCACAAAGCGCAAAUACAACAGCUAUACGAGUCUGCAGUUACUUUGGAUGGGCGCCGAUGUGCCGCAACCAAAUCUACAAUAUGUCAACAAUAUGCAGCAGCAACAACAACAGCUACUCCUUCUACAACAACACCAGCAGCAACAACAACCACAAGCCAAGCCACGUCGAAGCAUUUGCGUAACUUCGAGCGCACCGCCGAUGGCAGCAACGGCCCUGAAUGUGGCCGCCACGGCCCCCUCGGCCCUGGAGCAGAGACGGCACUCUAUGAUGCCACAUUCGUACUUCAGUAGUCUUUCCGGCGUAAAUCCCAAUGACAAGCAAAUUCGCAUCAUGCCUGCCAACGAAAUCGGUGGCAGCAAGCGCAGCAAUGAGCUUAAAAUCGACAUGAAGGAAGACCAGUACUCAUCCUCGCAGGAAGAUCUGAAGAAGCUGCAAAAUGAUACCAUACUCAAGCGCAUUCCCCCAGGUGCUGAGGCCACCACAGUACUGGUUGGUGCCGUUGAGUUCCUCGACCAGCCCACCAUUGCCUUUGUGCGUCUUUCGGAGGGAGUCCUCAUGCCUAGCAUUACGGAGGUGCCUGUUCCUGUGCGUUUUAUGUUUGUGCUGUUGGGACCACGCAACUUUGAUCUAGACUAUCAUGAGGUGGGCCGGUCCAUUUCCACGCUGAUGGCCAACGAGCAUUUCCAUGGUAUAGCGUAUAAGGCAGAUGAUCGCAAAGACUUGCUGUCGGCCAUUAAUGAGUUCCUGGAUGACUCAAUUGUGCUGCCACCUGGUAAUUGGGAUCGUCACGAUCUGCUGCCCUUCGACGAGCUGAAGGCCAAAAAGGACUGGAUUCGCACGCGCAAAAUCAAGGCGUUGCAGGUGAAACGCGAUAGCGAAAUGGUCAAGAUUGGCAAGGACGAGGAGAAGGCACUGCUGGAGAAGACACCGCUAAAAGCUCUAGCUGGUGCUCCGGGUGGUGGAGACGGCGAUGAUGAUGAUGACGAUGGCAAGAAGAAGAAGCCCAGUCCACUGGAAAAAACCCAUCGUCUAUGGGGUGGUCUGCGUAACGAUCUUAAGCGACGCAUGCCAAUGUACAAGAGCGAUAUACUCGAUGGUCUCAACACGGAGACACUGGCAGCUACCAUUUUCAUGUAUUUUGCUUGCCUCUCGACGGCCAUCACCUUUGGCGGUCUGGCCUCCGCCAAGACAGAUAGUCUAAUUGGCAUUUCGGAAACGUUGAUCUCUACCUCGCUGGUUGGUCUCGUUUUUCAUUGUUUAUCCUGUCAGCCUCUAGUCAUUAUUGGCACCACUGGCCCGCUGCUACUCUUCGAUGAGGCGCUCAAGAUUUUCUGCACGGAAAAUAACUUUGAUUUUCUGGCACUACGCGCAUUCGUUGGCAUUUGGUUGAUCAUCAUUGCACUUUGCGUGUCAGCUUUUGAGGGCAGCGUAUACGUGCGUUUGCUAACACGCUUCACCCAGGAGAUAUUCUCAGCGCUCAUUACACUCAUCUACAUUGUGGAGACUAUGAUGAAACUGGUCUCUAUCUAUAAGCUGAAUCCUCUGCUGCCUGACUACAAUUUGCCGCCGCCAACACUUGUUGAUGAUCUGAGCAAUGGCACACAUUUCAACAUGACUGCCGAUGUGAUCAAUGCAACGACUGCUGCGCCUUCUACAACCUCCAAGAUGCCCAUCAAUCAACCCAAUACUGCACUCUUCUGCACCAUUCUCACCCUGGCCACCUUUGUGGUCGCCUACUAUCUGAAGCUCUUCCGCAAUUCACAUUUCUUAGGCCGCAAUGCUCGUCGCGCUUUGGGCGACUUUGGUGUCCCCAUUUCCAUUGCCAUAUUCGUGAUGGUUGAUUAUUUUGUUCCCGCUGUGUAUACGGAGAAGCUCAGUGUACCCGAGGGCCUAUCGCCUAGCGAUCCUGUGCGUCGUGGCUGGUUCAUUGGCUUCGAUGUUAGCGCCACUUGGGUGCCCUUUGUCUGUGUUGUGCCUGCCCUGCUCGUCUACAUUCUCAUCUUUAUGGAGUCUCAGAUUUCGGAGCUGAUUGUGGACAAGCCAGAGCGUGGCUUAAAGAAGGGCUCCGGCCUGCAUUGGGACAUCGUCCUGCUUUGUUUACUAAACAUGUUCUGUGGCUUCUUUGGCAUGCCCUGGCAUUGUGCGGCCACCGUUCGCUCCGUAACUCACGUUUCCUCGGUGACAGUUAUGUCUCGGACACAUGCGCCCGGCGAGUCCGCACGCAUCAUCGAUGUAAAGGAACAGCGCUUGUCUGGCUUCUUUGUUUGCGUCAUGAUUGGGCUGUCGGUGCUGAUGGCGCCGCUAUUGCGUCUCAUACCCAUGGCUGUGCUCUUUGGCGUAUUUUUGUACAUGGGUAUAGCCUCAAUGAGCGGCGUGCAGCUGUUCGAGCGAAUAAGACUUUAUUUCAUGCCGGUCAAGCAUUAUCCACCGACCAACUAUGUGAAACGUGUGCGGCCUUGGAAGAUGCAUCUCUUCACCACCAUACAGGUGCUUUGUCUUGUAGUUCUGUGGACUGUAAAAUCCUCAAAAUUUUCGCUUGCCUUCCCCUUCUUCCUAAUCAUGAUGGUGCCCAUACGCCAACGCUUGGACUCCCUUUAUAAACCCGAAGAGCUGCAAGCGCUGGAUGGCAGUGAGCCCAAGAACGAUGAGGACGAACCUGAUUUCUAUGAGCAAGCAACCAUACCUGCUUAGUGCAAGGAUUGGGGCAAAAAAAGUAUUAAAGCUAAGCCACCCUCGUAUUAAAGGCCAACAUAAGAAACAAAGAGCAAAGUUUGUUGCAAUAUUUUUGUUUUUGUAUUUGUAUUUGGAGAGCGUGUUAACGAACUACCUUCAUUAGUAUUUAGAACGAAACAAAGAAGAAAACUGUAGCUUAAAGUACAAUAUCUAUAAUGGAAGGGGAUGGCCCUUAUGUUGUGAUUGUUAAGGUUGGGCAGAAAACAUAUUUUUGAACACCAUACACAAAUGCAGAUGAAGGAAAAAUAGGAAAUGUGAAGAGGACGCACUUAAAAGGCUAAAAGUUAAAACUAUUUUCAUGAGUACUAAAGAACAAACCAACAAAAAAGCUUAAAAGCAUAACGAUGUACCUAAAAACGAGUUACAAAAAAAUGGCAACGCAAAGUAACAAAAACAAAUCAAAAACUGAAAGUAACCACUUUUUUCUAAAAAAAAAGAGAGCGCGCAAAUCUGCUCUGCGUGUGCCAUGACAUCAAAAUUAUUGACAACAAGCAACAAAAAUGUAUGCAACAAAAUAUAAAUGAAGUAUACAUAUACAUAUAUGCGGUACAAGUAAUGUUUAUAAUAAACGCAACUUAUGUACUUUAACUAAAGACCUAUAACAUAAAAGACUCUACUUCGAGUUUAAGGGUUUAGCCGCCGAGCACUUAGGACUUUCAUUUUUGCCUUACGACAACAUGUUUGCAUAGAAGGUGAAAAAUCAAUGUAAUUUGUUGUAAAUUUGCAUCACACACACACACACAUACGCAUAUAUAUUAAUAUAAACAUAAAGUAUUUAUUUAAUUAUUUGUUUUGUGUUGCUUGUUUUGCGCUCGUUUUCUAUAUUAGCAAUAAUAAACAUUAGUUUAGUCUCAUUUAUAGAGCAAUGUGCGACAUUAGAGAAGAGGAAAAGUAUUUAGCUUCAAAACUUGCGUAGUGAUCAUUAGUGUAAAACACACACAUACCACCACACACACACACACACACACAUACAAAUAUAUAAACAAAUAACUUUGUCGCGUACUUCGCUUCGCACAGACACUUUAAAAGUGAAAAAUACUGCUCCGCUGUAAGUUUUGCCUUUCUAUAUACAUACAAAGGAAUAAUAUGAUUAUGUAAAACAAUAUCGUAGAUACCUACUACUAUUUAUAGAUUUGUUUCAAUAAUAACAUACAUGCAUAUAAUAUGUAAUAUUUGUUAAACUUAAAUGCAAGAGAAGCAGAGAACCUUACCUAUUUUUAUGUAACAUGUACUUAUACUUGUAUGUACUUACUCUUAAGUAGUUGUUGUCUAGUAUGUUUUAUUCAAAUUCAAUAAAAAUUAUUAAAAAUUUCAA